AUGAAUUCGACGACACUGAAAAAUGCCGUUAAUGGUGUGGGUUCGUGUUUAAAAGCUGCUGGAGGAGGAAUCCUCGCAGGUGCGACGACGCUUGUUGCGGCCCCGAUAGUUGGUGUUAAGGAGAAGGGUGCUGGAGGCUCCUUCACUGGGCUGGCUAAAGGUACUGAUGUUACUAUAAUACUUAACAAUAUCGAGACCACUAUCAUCAUAUUGCUGCACAUACUGAGACUACUUUACGAAUUCAACAAUAUCCUGUGGAGGCAUAUUCGAGGCGUGGGCAGGAGCACCACCAUAAUUGACUUCAAGUCCGAGUGGGAUAAUGCUACUCAAUGUUGUAAGAAGGCUGAAUUGGCGAAGGAACCCCCCCGUUUGGAGACCCCUGCAAAUCCGGCAGUAGCAGCAGUUGAGGAGGAGGAGGAGGAGGAUGAGGAUAAGAAAAUUGAGAUGGAAGCACUAGUGUUACGUGAUGAUCUUAUUACGUUCAUGCGUAAAAUAGAGGCAGAGCAAGCAGUGCAAGCUAGUCAGGUAAUAGUCGUCCUGUCUGAGGUAAUUGAUGAGGACGAAUUUUCGAGUCGCCGACAGUUGAGGAGGUUAUCGAGAAGAAAUGAUACUCCACGUGGCGGUAUUGAGAAUAAGGACUUCACCAAGGAUGAGGGUGGUGGAAUAUUAUACUCAAUGAGUACUUUCACUUUCCAUAGCACCAGCAUGAGUAUUACUCAUGCUGGUGCUAUGGAAAGUGAAAUUAUUCAUCAGCCUGCUAGAGAGUUGCCACGUAGGAAGGAUGCCGGGAGAUCGAGCGCUUUGUUGUUGGCAUCAACACCACCAGCAGCAGCACAAGGACUUCAUCAGGGAAGAGUUCAAUCAGCAGUUGUGGACUUCACUGUAGAGCCGAUGACAUGGGCCGAUAGCCGUGAACCCCCUACUGAGAAGUUGAGUGAAGUAUCGAUGGCGGUUACGCAGAUAAGGAAUAUUCUGGCGAUCGCGAUGGCGGCCACGAAGAACGAUAUUGAAGCGUGUAACAUGGCAAUUGAAAGCGGAGCGGAGUUGGAUUCAUCUCAUCCGAGAAAUGGGUUUACUCCAUUGCAAACGGCGGAGGUAUUUGGGCGGAUUAGCGAUGAAGUGGAUCCUGAGGGAACUGUACAGGUCGUGAAGGGAGAUCCACAUCCGACUCCAGUCAGACGACGAUCACCUUACCGGCGCGUGUAUUUAUCCUCAACAUCGGGGCGAGAAGAUUUAUUCCUAGGAGCUUUCGUACCGGUUUACACGUAUGUCGUGGAUAGAGUUUUGGGUGUCCUCGACACCUCAUGCCUGUUUGUGGAAUAUGGUGGUAUGGAAAAGUUGCCAAGGCGGCGGCGGCGGGUGGACCGCUCAAUGCUCCCGAUCAAUUCAAUUAUCAAUUUAAUGAAGGAUCGAAUGGCCUCUAGAGAAUAUGACACCUCGCUGGACAUAAUCAGUCGAGUGGUGAACUACUACCCUCACCAAACGCUGAGUCGUAGUCGAGUCGCUGCGGAGGGUCAUGGUAAUGGGUUCGAGGGUGACGGUAUCAGUUCAUCAGUCGAGGCAUUGUGCUGCAUUGCUGUUGGCUGUAAUGGGGAAGAAGAUGGGGCUCGAGAUGGCUUUGGCAACGGCGGUAAAAUCCAUGUGGAAGAUCGUCACCACAUGAUUCGCUUUCUAUGUCUCGACGCCUUCUAUAAACUGCAAUGGGUUCACCUCCUCAUGGGGGUCCUCCUGCUAGCACUAGACAUGCUCCAGCGAAUUGGAGAUGACUCUCAGAGCACAGAGAGUGGAGCUAGCCCUUGUCCCUCGUCUACUCCUUCCACCGUACUAUCGGAUGCAGUUGAGCAUGUCCUGUGGUGGUUCGAGCGGACGACUAGUGUCAAACGCCUACACAACGACGGAGCUCAGCAGGCCGAGUGGGGGCUACCGGGGGCGAAGACGCUCACGAGGAGGGUGAAGGGAGAGGACCUAGGGAGACAGACCAUCGCUGCUGGUGUUAAGAUCGCACCCUUUGCCAAGCCCCUACGUAAAAGAGAUGGCUCAUCAAGCUCUGUAGCGGAGGAGUUGGGGAAUAUGUCUGUGGCUGAUCGUGAUCAUCGAGCUAAGAUGUCCCCGAGGUGGCUCUCGAUGACGGUCCUAGUAUGUGUCCGUAAAUGGCUGACAUGCCUAAUGGUCGUCGUCGGAACGAUGCUAUCGUUGACUAAGGCUACAGUGAUGGAAAGGACACCUUUGAUGGACCCUAUGCAGAGCCAGGCUUUUCUCAUGAACAUUUUACUCAUCGUUUUAAACUGGCCGGUGGACUUUGACACGCUUCUUAUGGGGGCUCCUGUGGCCUCAGAGGCAUCAUCAUCAUCGCAUCGUUACCCUGGCAUGCUCGCUCAUCUCAAAACGGUGAUGCUGAAUAUUUGUCGGGAUGAUGAUUAUAUAGUGAUGGCGGAGGCUAAGCCUAUCGUGUUGUGGUAUCUGGUCACCCAUAAUGAUCAUGUUCGGGCAAUUGUGUACCGAGUUAUGAAUGCGAGAGCCCCAGGAGGUGUUCACGAGGAGGUUAGUGUUGUCGGGUGCCGGGAUCGAACCCGGGAGGCACUCGGCACCCACAAGAGACGUCCAUAG